AACCGAGAGCGCCAGUCAGCUACGUUGAUUUGUUGUUGCCAUGUUUCACACUUCCCGUGUGUGUAGGUGAAGUUUUCGACCUUUUCCUCGCGUUGGCUAAUUUCUUAUCGUUCAAUUUAUUCAUUUGCUCAUAAAUGUGCCAAGAGGAGCUGGCAGGAUGACGGACUCUUGUCAAAUGGACCAGGACCUUAUGGAAGAUGUCAACAGUUUAUGGUCAGAAGGCAGCAGCAGCAGCAGCCUCUGUGACUCUCAGCUGCCUCAGCCCAGCAACUCGGAAGAGAGAGAACAUCUGAAGGUCUACCUCCGCAUCCGACCUUUCACGGCGGUCGAGGCCCAGAACGGAGAGUCGCAGGACUGCGUGUCCGUGCAGCCUCCGGACACGGUCCUGCUGAGGCCUCCCGGCGCGCCGCUGUCGGCUCGCCUCAACUCCGACAAAGCGGACAAAUCCUUCCUGCAUACCGCUCAGCGCUUCCACUUCUCUCAGGUGUACGGUCCAGACACCACACAGAGAGAAUUGUUCCAAGGAACGGUCAAGGAUCUGGUGAAAGAUGUUCUCCACGGAGGGAAUUCUCUGGUCUUCACGUACGGAGUUACCAAUGCCGGGAAAACCUUCACAUUUUUGGGUCCGGAUGCCGACGCCGGCGUUCUGCCCAGGUCCCUGGACGUGAUCUUCAGCAGCAUGGAGGAGAAGGUGUCGACCGGGAUGAGCAUCAAACCUCAACGCUGCCGAGAGUUUGUCAGGCUGAGUGAGAAGCAGCAGGCUGAGGAGGCCGCCUUCAAGAGCAACCUGCUGCGACACUUCAAAGAUAGUGAGAAGGCCAAGAGCCAAGAGCUGUGGAGCUCGAGCAGGAGGAUGCUCCUUGAAGGCCCGUCGCUGCUCCAAGAGACGACACGAGACCGACUGAGCCUCCAGGUGGAAACUGACACCAAGUUCUCAGUUUGGGUCUCCUUCUGCGAGAUCUACAACGAGAACAUCCACGACCUCCUGGAGGCCUCGCCCGGCGCAGCGGCGAAGAGGACAGCCCUUCGCCUUUCUCAGGACGUGAAGGGCAGCGCCUUCGUCAAAGACCUGCGCUGGGUGCAGGUGGACAGCACGGAUGAGGCCUACCGAGUCAUGAAGCUGGGCAAGAAGAACCAAAGCUUCUCCUCCACUAGGAACAACCAGCUCUCCAGCAGGAGCCACAGCAUCUUUUCCAUUCGCAUUCUGAGGAUUGAGGAUGCCCAGUCUCCCCGAGUGGUCGCUGUCAGCGAGCUGUGUCUAUGCGACCUGGCCGGUUCGGAACGCUGCGCCAAGACUCUCAACCGAGGAGAACGCCUAAAAGAGGCCGGAAACAUCAACACGUCGCUGCUCAUCCUUGGAAAAUGCAUCAACGGGCUCCGACACAACCAGCGCGCCAAGCUGCCGCAGCACGUGCCUUUCCGCGAGAGCAAACUGACGCACUACCUGCAGGCCUUCUUCUGCGGCCGAGGCAAAGUUUGCAUGCUGGUCAACGUCAACCGGUGCGCCUCCGCGUACGACGAGACGCUCCACGUCCUCAAGUUCUCGGCCGUGGCGCAGAAGGUGGUGCUCGUGCCCAGCAGCGCUCCUCCCGUCCCGCCGCAGAAGUCGUCCCGCCCUAACGAGACUCGGCGAGACUCUCCGGUCGGUCGGGAGCGCGGCCUGGAGGACCUGCAGGAGGAGGAGGAUGAAGAAAAGAUGUCAAUAGAGGACAGCGUGUAUCAAAGUGAGGAGGAAGAUGUCGCAGAAAAUGAGGACGAAAUGAGCUUCAGUAAUAUGACACACCAGCAGGUGGCGCUCUUGAGGAGUCUUCAGAUGGCGCUGAAGAAGGAGCGAGCGGACGGCAUGCUGGUGGAAGCUCGCCUCCGAGAGGACAUCAGCAGAGAGUUCGGCGACAUCUUCGCCGAGAUGCAGAACGACUUUGCGGAGCGGCUGGCCAGAGAGAGGGAACUCUUGGAGCAGCGAGCGGAAAAACGUCUGGAGAUAUUCAAGAAGAUGACGGACAAGAUGGCCGCCUGCAGAGACGCUCAGGAGGCGCAGAGCGAGCUCACGUCUCGGGCGCCCUCCUCGUCUCGGCCUCAACUUUCCGAGUCUGCGGGCGAGCUCCGGAGCGACGCUGCGAAACCGGGUGAGAGCGCUAUAGCGGAGGAGGAGAAAACGAGGCUCGUGGCUGAGCUUCAGGAGAAGCGUCGGGCUCUGCUUCAGCUAGAGAAGCGCCUGGCCGACACGCGGGCGGAGGCAGAGCGGACUUGGGAGGAGCACGCCUCCCUGCGGGAGGCGCUGGCCUCCCUCCGUGAGGAGCGAGCAGCCCAGGAGGACGUCAUCGGCGCUCUAGAAAGGAAGGCCCGAAAGACGGAGGUCAGCAAAGCCAGGGGGGAGGCCGCCGCCUCUGUCCAGGACUCGCAGCUCCGCGAGCAGGAAGCGCGGGCCGGAGUCACGGCUGCUGAGAAGAGAAGCGGCGACGAGACGCCGGACCGGGAGAGGAGCGGGAACGAGGAGGUGGGCAGGCUGCUCCAGGAGGUCCGGACGCUAACUGCUACAUUGGAAGCGUCGCAACAUAAGGUCGCCAGUGAGACUCUGAGAGCGGAACAAGCCUCCGCUCAGCUGCGAGCCGCCCAGGAACAACUCCGGCAGACGUCGGCCCGGAUCUCCGUCCUCCGUCGGGACCCGCGGACCGCCCUCAGCGAGCAGCUCGGCGCAGAAAGGCCCCGAGAAAGCACGCGACGCGAGAGCCAGACGUCGGAUCUCGCGCGUGUCAAAGAAGAUCCGGCCCACGAGAAGAUCCCGUUGGAGCGGCCGGAGGAGGGCCUCGACCUCGACCUCGACCUCGACCUCGACCUCCGCCAGGCGACAGACGGCCGUCGAGCGCAAGAGCUCCAACGACAAAGUCGGCUGGUCCGAGAGCUCCGCGAGAAGCUGCGACAACAACAGGAAGCGUCUGAGAAGCAGCUGAAGGAAUUCUGCCACAAACUGCGUGAAGAGGAAGCCUCGUGCGACCGUCUCCGGCAGAAGCUCGGCGAGCGAGAGCUCACGACGGAGCGGCUGAAGACCAAAUUACAGGAAGCGAGCUCCAGGAGAGCUGCGGCCGAAGAAGACCGAGCCCUUUGGGCUGAAGUCGCGUCCUUGAAGGAAAAGGAGGAGACACGAGGUCUGAGUGAGCUGCGAAAAGAUACGGAGGAGCUCCGGCGGCUGACCGCUACGUUGAACGCAUCACAGCCGCAGGAGGAGGCGGCGACCGCCCGGUCCGGCACGGCCGAACUGGAGAGCGGGCUGCGGGAGCGGGAGGCGCAGAUCGCAGCUCUGCGGAAGAAGCUGCAGGAGCGGCGCGAGGACGGCGACGAGCAGGCCCUCCGGGAGUGUCGGCGAAGGGAGGCCGAGCGGCGCCGGGAGCAGCUGGCCGUGGCGCGCGAGGCCGUCGAGCAGAAGGACGCCGAGCUGGAGAAGAGAGCCCUCGAGAUCACCAAACUGAAGGAACUCGCAAAGCAGGACUCGGACAAAGUGAAGCGUCUCGGUGCGGAUCUGCAGCGGAAGGAAGAGGACUCUUCGGACCUGAGAGAAAAGCUGGCCGACUACAAGAAGCAGAUCCAGCAGGUCCACAAAGAUAUCUCCACCAUGAAAGAAGAAGGGAAGCUGUUGACACGGAAGCUGUCAGAUGUGGAGAAGGUGAAGAAGCAGCUUCAGUUGGACCUCACAAACAGAGACAGAACUAUCCAACAACUCAAAGCGGAGCAGCCAGCGGAGAAGAAGCACGACGAGAUGCUGCAGCUGUAUCACCGAGCUCGUCAAGAUCUGGAGGCCGAGCGGCGGCUGGUGGACGACAUGCGCUCGGCUCUCGUGGAGCAGGAGGAGACUCAGGAGCAGAUGGAGCACAUGCUGGAUGAGAAAGUAGAGCUCAUUCAGGAGCUCGCCAACGAGGUGGAGCAAAUGAAGGAGAUGCUGAGGCAGCUCGACGGCGGAGGCGACGCGGCCCCGCGUGCGGACGCCUCGUCACGCGACCUCCGGCGCAGCCUCGAGCUGCUUGAAGAGAAACAGCUGACGGAACGUCACAAGUGGCAGGAGGACAAGAUGGCUCUGAUCGGUCAGCUCAAGGAGGCGGAGGACAAACGCAACCAGGAAGUGAAAAGGUUUGCGGAGGACCGAGAGCGAUACCUGGCCCGGCAGGCCGAGCUGGAGGCCGAGCUGGGCGUCAAGGAGCGGACCGCGGCGAGCUGGAGGGCGGAACGAGACGCUCUGGUCGGCGCCCUGGAGGUGCAGCUUCGCAAGCUUCUCGCCAGCCAGGCCGACAAAGACGAAAUCAUCCGGCGGCUACGCCGCGACAGCGCACGGUUGCCACCGGAGGGCGGCGUGGCGGAGGUCAAAGGGGAGACGGAGGACGGCGAGGGCCGAGAGCGGGAGCCCGACGCCCAGGACUCCUCGGGCGGCCCCUCGGUGCUGGAAUCGUCUCAGAUCUCCACGGAGAACGGGCGCGCCGGACGCUUCCCGCAGCCGGAGCUGGAGAUUUCCUUCAGCCCGCUGCGGCCCGACCGGGUGGCGCUGCGACGCCCGGGCGAGCCCGCCGCCGACGCCGUCACAGUCAAGAUCGCGCGAUCGGCCCGCAAGAGGACGAGCGCCGAGAUGGACAAGUGUCCCAUUUUCAGACACCGCAAACGUCCCACCAAUCGACACAAGCAGGAUGAAGUGGAGGCGGCGAAUCGAAGAAACGGCAAAGUGAUGCCGACACUCGGCGAGCGCAAAGAGGAGACGUCCCGUCCGUCGGCGUCUCCCGGGACCGCCGGCGUCCGCGGCCGAAAAGAAGGAACGCUGCAGAAGAUCGGCGAUUUCCUACAAAGUUCGCCCACGCUGAUCGGGUGCAAAGCCAAGAAGGUGAUGAGCCUGAUGAGCGGCGUGGACUCGAGCGCCUCGUCGUCCGUCGGCCUGAAAAGCAAGAAGAGCAAAAGGAAGUUGCCGAGCGCCGACAUCUGCUCCCCCGCGGACGGGCCCCGGCACACGGUGGUCAGUAACAACGAGGACGAACAAAGCGAACGCCUCAUCGUCAAAAGACGACUUCGCUCCAGAAUUGCCAAAUGAUCCCGUCCGUCAGCACGCACGCACGCUUGGAGCGAGACGAAGCUAAUGAGCUUUGCCUCUUUGAAAUACACUUUCUAUUUGAUCACUGUCACACUGCUAACGCUAGCUAGCGUAUUUGAAUGUCGAUGUGCAAUUUGGGGGGGGGGGGGGGCUUCGCAACGCUAACUGGGUUACCGGUUGUAGGUUUCACGUCACUGUUUGUCUUCACAUCCACCAAGAACACUUGUUUGAUGAUUCAAACGUUUGGAUGCCAUCACUUGCGCCCUAACAUGGCAACAUGGCUGCCCUUGUGUGCUGUGAAGCGAUCACGGUGAGUUUGGCGUGGCCAUCAAAAAACACUGCAAAUCAAUAAAUCCGCCAAUGAUGGAAGCAAAAUGAGUUUGGAUCCUUCAAACGAGCCUCUGCAAAUCGGGCACCUGCAGACUCGCCUGUUUUUUCCUUUUUUAACUUGAACAGUUUUUCCACCUACUAACAUGUCGUCGUGCUACUAGUAAGGGACCAAGAUUACUAGUAUUUGGAACUGGAAGGUGCAGCCUACACUUUCAUUCCAAUAUGACAGGGGUACGUGUGACUCCGUACAUAUAUGUAUAGUUGCGCUCUGGCCGAAUAUGUGUAAUAUUAUUUUUUGAAAGUACGGCUGAUGACUGAACAACAACCAUCUUUAAUGAUAAUCCUUAUCGGCAAUGCUGGACAGUUUAAUUUGAAUCGCUUUCAAAUAAAAUGUGUUUUGCCUGG